GCGUCGCUCUACCUGCGAAAAGCACACCUUGAGCCUCAAACGGACAGUCUUUCUUAAGACGUCAACGAUUUUUUUGGUGAAUUUACUUUGGGUACGAUUUUCCAACACAUUUUCUGUGGUUCAUUUUCGCGGACGCGAUAGAGUUGCAGUUUUCCCAGGCAACGAUUUUCCAACUUGACGAUUGGGCCAGCAACAGUUCAACAGAAGAAACCGGCUUUGCUGCCACCUAAAGACUUUGCAGCAUGAAGUCCAUACGACCGUUCACCACUUGGAUUUCCAUAUCUUUAUUACUUUCAACCUGCUGCUUGGCCGAUGAACAUCACAAGCGAGUUCCAUCUGGAUUUACAGGAGUUAGGGGCAAAAAGUCAAUACCUGAUGAGGCUUAUUCAGCUGAUUUGGACAAUAGUAACUCUAUAGAACAACAAACCGAAUAUACACCGUCAUCUGAUACGGAAGCUCCUGCUUCCUUCAACUAUAUUGUAGAGAAGCGAGCACCAUCAGGCUUUUUUGGAAUGAGAGGCAAAAAGCCAUGGAACUUUCUGCAGUCCAGUAAUUAUCCAGAAGAAUUGUACAAACGCGCCCCCAUGGGUUUUGUGGGCAUGAGAGGAAAGAAAGAUAGCUUGGAGGAUGAUGAAGUCACUUGGGAUGAGCCAGAAAAAAGGGCGCAAAUGGGAUUCUUUGGAAUGCGAGGCAAAAAGUUGUGGACAGAUUAUCAAGGAGAGAAAAGGGCACCAAUGGGAUUCGUCGGAAUGCGAGGUAAAAAAGAUUUUGAAAAUCCCAUCGGCUACUAUGAAGACAUCAAACGAGCCCCAUCCGGAUUCUUUGGCAUGCGGGGAAAGAAACAUCCUUCUGGAUUUUUCGGCAUGCGUGGAAAGAAAUAUCCGUAUGAAUUCAGGGGCAAAUUUGUAGGAGUCAGGGGCAAAAAGUCUUCGGAAAUGGCAAUUCCAAGCUACUACUACCAAGAUUCGACAACAGAUCGACUUAGUGAUCCCGAUUGGAAUCAACUUAUGUUAUUAUUGACUGGACGGAAUGAAUUCGAUAGAAGUCACUAAAAUGCUAUUGAGUUUCCAGACGUACCCCUAUUUAUUUGUUUUUUAGGUUUUGACCGUUCUUGGAAAAUUACUUGUUUCCCAUCGUCCUAGAAAACUACCUAUUCUAUUAACAAUAGUCGAUUAUUCUACUUGCGAGUGUGGUUGAAGAUUGCAUAACAAUUUACCUAUGUAUACUUACAAUAAAUACAUAUUUUUACCUCUAAUGUUAUUAUUCCAAAUAUCAGAUUUGUUUGCUACACCAAUUUAGAUAUUUCUAAAUAGGCUGGAUAAAUCGAGGCAUUUUCGAUAAUUGCAAUGUUUAAAUUUAUGAUUGUAAAACCUCGAUAUUAAAUAUGGAAAUAUCUAAAUUGCAGCUUGGCAGCGGUUCAGUCAAUUCAAUUGUCCAUCAUUUAUUAUGGUCCUCACUCUAACUGAAACCCCGUAUCAUCAACCAAAUGGCUCAGAAAACGUAUAUGUAUUUCUUUUAUGGAAAUUAUAUCAAUUUAUUCGAACAAAAAGUGUAUAAAAAUUCUUUCGGAUUUUAACGCUAAAUGACUCUUGACUUGACUUGAUCAAUAAAUGCGUAUUAUUUCAAUCUUCAACAUAUUGUGAUUCGAGAUUGUAUUAAAUAUAUAGCAAUUAUAUUACAUAUCACUGCAGUAUUUUCAAUUGAAUUGUCAAAUUGUGACUGUUCAGUUUACUUCAUUUGAUUUAAUCCGCUAAGCAAAAAAUGCAGUUCGUGAUUUUUGUUCUUCAAAAUCUUGAUGUAUUAACAAAAUGGUCAAUAAAGGUUUAUAAAUAAUUAUUUAACGUGUCCAUCAUUAUGUAUACGUUAGAUUUGGAAAUAAGUAUGCGGUAUGCUCGAAGAUGGCAGGCAAAUGUUAAGAUUAAAUAACUUGUCGGGACUUUUUUCGGCUGGAAAUUGUUUCCAGCAGUGAGCCCGAACAAAUUAUCAAAUAUGGGAUUGUAAUAUAGUUAAAUAAAAUAAGCUAAUUUCAGAUUUAGAAUAUAAAAUGUAGGUACUUAGUUCUAAGAUUUGACUAUAUUCUGUUAAAACCUAAUAGAAGAUAAAUAAAUUAUAAUAGUGUUUGAAGGAGCACUUUCAGUACGA